CUUGGCUUCUACUUGGCUUGCAGUCCGGAGAAGGAAGGAAAGUGCCAGUCAUCUUAGCCAGGAGUGUAAACGGUGAUGGACCCCAAACAUAGUCAUUCCGUGAAACUGAAUGAUGGGCACUUCAUGCCAGUGCUUGGAUUUGGCACUUUGGCUUCUGAAGGUGUUCCUAAGAGCAAGGCUGCUGAGGCCACCAAAAUGGCAAUUGAUGUAGGUUUCCGUCACAUCGAUGCAGCAUACAUCUAUGAAAACGAGGAGGAGGUCGGCAAGGCGAUUCGAGAGAAGAUCGCAGAUGGCACCGUGAAGAGAGAGGACAUAUUCUACACCACCAAGCUUUGGGCUACUUUCUUGCGACCAGAAUUGGUCCGACCUGCCCUGGAAAGGUCACUGAAGGAACUUCAACUGGACUAUGUAGAUCUCUUCAUCAUUCAUGUGCCAGUUGCUAUGAAGCCUGGAGAGGAGCUUCUGCCAAAGGAUGCCAAUGGGAAGGUUAUUUUAGAGACAGUGGACCUGCGUGACACCUGGGAGGCCCUGGAGAAGUGUAAGGACGCAGGUUUAACUAAGUCCAUCGGGGUGUCCAAUUUCAAUCACAAACUUCUGGAGAUGAUUCUGAACAAGCCAGGGCUCAAGUACAAGCCCGUCUGCAACCAGGUGGAAUGUCACCCAUACCUCAACCAGAGCAAACUCCUGGAAUUCUGCAAGUCCAAGGACAUUGUUCUUGUUGCCUACAGUGCCCUGGGGUCCCAAAGAGAUGCAAACUGGGUGGAAAAGGAUAGUCCUGCUCUCUUGGAGGAGCCGAUCUUGAAUGCCAUUGCCAAGAAACACAGAAGAAGUCCAGGCCAGGUGGCCCUGCGCUACCAAGUGCAGCGGGGGGUGGUGGUCCUGGCCAAGAGCUUCACUGAGAAGAGAAUCAAAGAGAACUUCCAGGUCUUUGACUUUGAAUUGACCCCAGAAGACAUGAAAGCAAUUGAUGACCUCAACAGAAAUUUCCGAUAUUUUAGAUUAUCAUUGUAA